AUGAGCACCUUACAGGACCAAAUUGAACCUCUUUCAACUCUUCCGGAUGAUAGUUGGUAUGGCAGUGGUCCGACGGGCCUGAACAGAAAGUUUUCGGAGGCCGACGAAGCAACUUGGACAGCAGAGAACUUGGAGAUAGUGAUUCAAGAUCGCUUGAGCGUUCUUCGUGACACGUCAGUCGACCACUCAGAUUAUCCUGCCAUGCACAUGGACAUUGCGAAUGGAUAUUUGUACAAAUACCUACGGUCUCAGUCGGCAGCAGAUCUGGAUCUAGCCAUAGAGUAUCAACAGACUUACCUUGACUUGGCACCAAAUGAUCAUCUGGAUCGAGCACUUGGAUAUAGUAGAUUUGGGAUUCAGCAUGUGAUCAAGUAUCAACAAACAAAAGACAUGGCCUACAUCGAGCGAGCAAUCACAAAUUACCAAAUAGCUCUUUCCAUAUACCCAGACAACGACAAUGAGGUACCUGAGCUAUUUGACAGCCUUGCCAGCGCCCAUAUCGUCCGUUGCAAGGCAUUAGGAACUAUGGAAGACGUUGAGACGGCAAUUCAGUACUGCGCGAAAUCGGUUGCUGCAACGCCACACCACUAUGUCGAUAAGCCAGGAAGGCUCAAUACUUUUGGAAGUGCAUAUCAAUGCAAAUAUGACAUGAAUGGAGAAAGAUCAGACCUUCAAUUGGCAAUUCAAUAUCUUACAGAAGCUUACGAGAUACUCCCAAAACAGCAUGAUGAUCGAGUCAGGGUCCAAGUCCUAACGAACUUGGGGAGGGCUUACCAGAGAAGAUACGUAGUAUUGAGGGCUAUGAAAGAUCUAGAUUCUGCAAUUGAGUUGCUGCAGGAGGCACUGGGUGGUGCAUUAUUCAAACAACAACGUCGAAUUAUACUUCAACAUCUUUCUCUAUCUCUCAAGAGCAGAUAUCGAACGACAGACCAGAUGAUGGAUCUUGACAAUGCCAUUCAUUGCUCUGAGGAGAGUCUUCAACUAACACCACCGGAUGGCCCAGAUCGAGCGAAUCACUUGCGCCAUCUUGGUGCUGCUUAUAACUCAAGAUAUCUCAAGACUCGAGCCGAGUGUGAUUUUACCAUAGCAGUCAAAAUGUAUGAAGAAGCUCUUACUCUAACGCCGGACGACCAUCUAGAGAAGGCAAGCCAAUUGCAAGGACUUGGGUCUUGUUAUCAUAACAGGCAUAUUUCCACGGGGUCUCGCGAAGACCUUGAUACGGCUAUUAAUAUUCAUGGGAAAGUACUCAAGACAACACCAGAAACUCAUCCUAAGAGAGCACGUCGGUUGCAAGAAGCUGGCUGUGUAUUCUUAGAGAAAGGAAUGGCAGAACCUGGUGUUGAGAAUACUUUACAGCAGCUGAGGGAGGCUUAUGCUAUAGACCCAAAGCUCGCUCUACGAUUAAAUGACUUUCAAAGUAUUUCAACACAAUUCGACGCGCUCCGUGCCGGGAUCCAUCGGCUUGAAGAAUCCGUUGCCCACACUUUCUCUCCUGCCAAGGAUAGAUUAGCAGCUGGAAAAGAACUUAUUCUCCUGUACCUGCUAGUCAAACUUUGGGAGCCAGCAUACAAUCUUGUCUCAUCACUUAUGGCGUUACUUGCCCUAGUUGUUGAUUGGUCUCUGGAGUAUUCUGAUAAGCAGCGCCUCGUAGCCGAGAACGCUCGAUUGGGUUUAAGUGCGGGAGGCAUUGCCUUGAUGGCAGGCAAGGAUCUCCACGAGGUGCUUAAACUCAUUGAGCUUGGUCGUGGGAUAAUAAUGGGAUCGUCUAUGGAUCUGCGUACUGAAGUGUCCGCACUCCAGGAAGCAUAUCCGUCAUUAGCGAACAGAUUCAUCAUGCUUCGGGAUCAGCUUGAAGGGGGGACGAAAAUGCCCGCGGAGCACUCUGAUCAGCCACAAUAUAUCGAUCGGCACGACGCAGGGCUCCAAUUACAGAAAACAAUCCAGGAGAUCCGGGAAAUACCUCGAUUCGAGAAAUUCUUACUUCCACCAUCUGAGGAAGAUAUGAAGGCCGCUGCCGCUGAAGGUCCGAUUGUGGUUAUCAAUGUGAGCGACUAUCGUUGCGAUGCCAUAAUCAUUGAAAAGGAUAAACUGCAUUCGAUAGGACUAUCAAAUGUGCAACGCCAGCACCUUGAUCAUCUUGGAAAGAUAACGAACUACGAGCCAGAGAUGCUUGAGUGGCUUUGGGAGACCAUCGCCGAGCCGGUGCUUGGGGUUCUGGGGUUUGACAAACCACCAAUAGAUGGUCAAUGGCCUCACAUCCGGUGGAUUCCCACCGGCGCUCUCUGUAGAAUCCCUAUACACGCUGCUGGUUUCCAUUCCGAUGGCUCGAAGAAUACAGUUAUGGACAGAGUCAUAUCUUCUUAUAGCCCGUCUGUCAAAGCUCUCAUAGAUGGUCUCGAAAGGCACAAUCGCUCGUACCAGGGUCGAUCUCAGCACAAAGCCGUUUUGUUCGGCAGCAACCAACUUCGAUACGCGCCGAAAGAGAUUGACGAAGUGGAGAAGAUUUGCCAGGCUAUGAAAUUGGAAGUCGUCAGACCGGAAGCACACCAAGAAGAAGUUCUUUCUGCCUUAGACGACUGUGCGGUCUUUCAUUUCGCCGGUCACGGAUUGAGUGACGGAUCAGAUCCGUCAAAAAGCUCGUUGGUUCUUCGGGACAAUGAAAUGCUAACAGUAGCAAGCUUGUUGAAAUCAAACCUUCGACACCAGGCCCCAUUCCUAGCUUACCUCUCCGCCUGCGGCACCGGACAGACGAAACAGUACCGACUCUUCGAUGAAGGCAUUCAUUUAAUUGGUGCUUAUCAAAUUUCGGGAUUUCAAAACGUUGUUGGUACCCUCUGGGAAGUGGAAGAUAGGUCGUGCGUUGAAGUGGCUACCCAAACCUAUGAAUGGAUCAAGGAUCGGGGCAUGAGUCGUCGUUCCGUUGCUGAGGGGCUUCACCAUGCUGCCCGGAAACUUCGUAGUGAUUGGAUUGAGGAAAUCAGUCAAUCACGGACAGUUAAUGAGAUGGAUUCUGGAAUCCGGCAUGAUCAUGAUAUCGAAGAGGUUGCUGAUGGGGGCGCAGCGGCUUCAAGAGACAUGGAACCACUCGACAAUCCGGUGUUGAACUGGAUCCCCUACGUCCACUAUUGUUAG